AUGCCACCCAUCCCAGGCCCGCUGCGGCUGCCUCUGCUCGGCAACGCAUGGUGGGUGGCCAAGGAGGGCGGUUCGAGUCGGAUGGUGCCCAUGCUCCGCAAGAUGUACGCCCGAUGGGGCGAGGUGGUGAGCCUCGGCGGCCUCGGCGAGGAGACGGUGGUGGUGUUCGACCCAAGGGUCUGGGCCCAGAAGAGGGCAAGGCGCGGAGUCCGUGAGAUAGCCAUGGCGUUUGGCACCGACACCUGGCAGGCGACUCGGACCGCCAUGCAGCGGACGCUGCUCUCGCCCCAGGCUGCCGCCAGGUAUGCAUCAUCGGUCGAUCGUGUGGCGAGGCGCGCAGCCAAGGAGCUGGCAAUGAGUUGUGGCCGCAUCGACUUGCAUCGCUGGCUCCAGCAGCUCUCGUUCGACAUGGUGUGCGGAGCGGUGCUUGGCGCGCCGUUGCCGCGCCCGGUCGACGGCGGCAUGCAUCCGCUGCUGGCGGCGACAGUCCGAUCCAUGGAGUGUGCGUCGGGCAUGCUGAUGAGUCCGCUGGGCAAGAAACACGCAACGAUGCGGACCAGACUCUGGCGCGACUGGCAGGCUUCGCUUCAGUUUAUGGUCGAGCAUAGCAAGGCCGAUGUGGCUCGCGCUCUCGGCGCCCCGCCCGCCUACGGCUUCUCCUAUGCCCACGACCUGGUCGAGUCUGGCGCGAUCGACGCCGAUGCUGUUGCCGCCAACAUGCCCGGCCUGUUGAUGGCCGGGUUUGAGACGGUGGCGUCGACGCUCCACUGGACCCUCAUCCAUCUCGGUAGCAACCCCGAGGCGCAGGCCACGCUGCGGGCCGAGAUUGCCGCUGUCGUCGGCAGCGAUGAGCUUUCCCGCGGCCAUGUGCGUCGGCUGCACUACCUCAAGGCCGUGCAGCGCGAGGUGCAUCGCCUCACGCCAACCGCCUUUAUGUUUGUCCGUAUGCUGGACGAGGCGACAGAGGUGGUGCUGGGAUCUGGCAAGGCCCUUGAGCUCCCGGCCAAACUCUUCCGGCCUGAGCGCUUCCUCAGCUCCAACAUCGACAAGUCUGCGCUCAUCCAUCACCCGCUGAUGCGCGACGGGUUCUCUGUUGGCCCGCGCAUGUGUCUUGGCGCGCGGGUGGCCCAUCUUGAGCUUGUAGCCGCCACUGCAGCCGUGAUGCAGGCGGUCGAGGUCCAAUGCGACGCCACGCCGUGGGAGAUCCACAACCAUGCGUCGACGUAUCCCUCGCCCGCCCCGCAGCUCUCGUUCCGAGUUCUCUGACCUCAUACGACACACAUCAAGUCCAUGACCCCGCACGCCCGGCCUACGAACGGUAGGACCUGUGAUCGGAUGGGUUACACAGCAACAAGAGCAAAGGCCUUGAAGGAUGGCCAUGACCCGCAGCGGGCCGCAGCCAG